ACUGGGAAGAGGCUCCCCGUGUUUGGCUUGUUUACAGAGUUUCCUUCUGCACCCUCUCUCUCCCGCUUAAUUCGCUUCCUUCUUAGACCUUCGAUCUCUCUCUCUCUCUCUCUCUCUCUCUCUCUCUCUCUCUCUCUCUGCAUUUCCUCAAUCUUUGAUUAAUCUGCUUCGUCGUCCCUUUCUUCAUAUUCUCUGCGAAAUCCAUCCGAUAUCUCUUUCAGAUUCACGCCGGCAGCUCGGAGGAGAUCGAAUCGCUGCAAUUCAUUCCCGCCGUUGGCAUGAUAGUUGUGCUGUGUGAGGGUUCUGUCGGGUAACUUAUAACUGUGUAAUGGAAGAAGAAGAAACUAAGGAGGUUGGUGAAUCUCCUGUAAAGGAUGCUGAUGUUGAACGAGUUAUUUCAGUGGAGCACGCUUCAGGUCCUGCUCGCCAAAGAGAUUUGGAGGCUGAGAACAAUGAUGAGGCUGAAGUAGAGAAUAAAAAUGUGAUUUUUGAAGAGAUUAAUUCUGCACCUGCGGUCAUGGACGACGACCAUUUUGAGCAGGUCUGCCUAGAUCAAGAUAGAAGUUCCAGUCAUCAAGUUCAUGACAACUCAAUAGGGUCAAAUAGGUCAUCAAUUUCAGACAAUGUGGGCCUCCAUCAUGACUCUGUUUCUCCAGAGUUUGGUUCUCCACUGGCAGAAAUGCACCAUGGUCACUCUACUUCAAGCCCUGGGCCGGAGAGACAGAUGGGCUAUGCCAUGAGGCAGUCAUCGUCAGCAAAUAGUCUUGAUGCAGUAUUAUAUGCAGAUUCUGGAUAUUCACUGGUUGAUUCACCACAAAAGGCCAAGCCAAGAGCCGCUAUGCCAAAUGUAUCUCCAGAGCUGUUGCAUUUAGUGGAUUCUGCCAUUAUGGGAAAGCCUGAAAGCUUGGACAAGCUAAAAAAUAUUGUGAACGGUGAUGAGAACUUUGGGUCCGGGGAUGAAAUGGACAGUAUUGCCUACUUGGUUGUUGAUUCGCUAAUUGCCACAAUGGGUGGCGUUGAGAGCUUUGAAGAGGAUGAGGACAAUAAUCCUCCCAGUGUGAUGCUAAACUCCCGAGCAGCUAUUGUGGCCGGUGAGCUCAUUCCCUGGCUUCCUUGGGCUGGGGAUAGUGCUAGCUUCAUGUCCCCUAGGACACGGAUGGUCAGGGGUCUACUUGCUAUACUGAGGGCUUGUACUAGAAACAGAGCAAUGUGCUCCAUGGCAGGCUUGUUGGGUGUCCUCUUAGUAUCAGCCGAGCGGAUUUACCUUCAGGAAGUUGCUUCAUCCCAGUUAAUGAGAUGGGAUGAAACUCCUUUAUGUUACUGCAUCCAAUACUUAGUGGGGCAUUCACUUAGUGUCAAUGAUUUGCAUAGAUGGUUUGGGGUCAUAACAAGAACACUUACCACAGUAUGGGCAAGUCGACUGAUGCUUGCUUUGGAGAAGGCAAUUGUUGGGAAGGAGUCAAGGGGACCAGCUUGUACAUUUGAGUUUGAUGGUGAAAGCUCUGGCUUGCUUGGUCCAGGGGAGAGCCGUUGGCCAUUUACGAAUGGUUAUGCAUUUGCUACAUGGAUAUAUAUUGAAUCAUUUGCAGACACAUUGAAUGCAGCUACCGCUGCGGCUGCAAUAGCAGCAGCAGCAGCCGCUAAGUCUGGAAAAUCUUCAGCCAUGUCUGCUGCAGCCGCUGCCAGUGCACUUGCUGGUGAAGGUACUGCGCAUAUGCCAAGACUGUUCAGUUUCUUAUCUGCUGAUAAUCAGGGGAUAGAGGCAUAUUUUCAUGCUCAGUUUUUAGUUGUUGAAUACGGCAGUGGGAAAGGGAAGAAGGCCUCUUUGCAUUUCACUCAUGCAUUUAAGCCUCAAUGCUGGUACUUUAUUGGACUUGAGCAUACUUGUAAGCAAGGAAUAAUUGGCAAAGCAGACAGUGAACUGAGGCUUUAUAUUGAUGGAUCACUCUAUGAAAGUCGCCCUUUUGAAUUUCCUCGAAUCGGCAAGCCUCUUUCAUUUUGCUGUAUUGGGACAAAUCCUCCUCCUACAAUGGCUGGUUUACAACGUCGUAGGCGGCAGUGCCCUUUGUUUGCUGAGAUGGGCCCCAUUUAUAUUUUCAAGGAGCCAAUUGGCCCAGAGAAGAUGGCCCGUUUGGCUUCUCGAGGAGGAGAUGUGCUGCCUGCUUUUGGUAAUGGGGCUGGGUUGCCUUGGUUGGCAUCAAAUGAUCAUUUGCGAAGUAUGGCUGAAGAAAGUUCAAUGCUUGAUGCAGAAAUUGGAGGAUGCAUACACCUUCUGUAUCAUCCCAAUCUGCUUAGUGGGCGCUUUUGUCCAGAUGCUUCUCCCAUAGGUGCUUCUGGCGCACUUAGACGACCAGCAGAAGUUUUGGGACAAGUUCAUGUGGCUACGAGAAUGCGACCGGUGGAGGCUUUGUGGGCCUUAGCCUAUGGGGGCCCCAUGUCUUUACUUCCUUUGGCAGUGAGCAAUGUGGAUUUAGAUAGCUUAGAACCUCAAAAAGGGCAACUUUCAAUGAAUUUGGCAACAACUGCUCUGGCUGCUCCCAUAUUUAGAAUAAUAUCUAUGGCUAUUGAACAUGCUGGGAACAAUGAAGAGUUAUCCCGUUCAAGAGGACCUGAGGUUUUGUCAAGAAUCUUAGAUUAUCUCUUGCAAGCCUUGUCAUCAAUCAAUACUGGAAAGAAUGAUGGAGUCGAAGAUGAGGAACUUGUUGCUGCCAUUGUCUCCUUAUGUCAGUCUCAGAAGAUCAAUCGCAUUCUUAAAGUGCAGCUUUUUAGCAGAUUGCUUUUGGACUUGAAAGUUUGGAGUUUGUGUAACUAUGGGUUACAAAAGAAACUGCUUUCAUCAUUGGCAGACAUGGUUUUCACAGAGUCCUCUGUGAUGCGGGAUGCGAAUGCUAUUCAGAUGCUUCUUGAUGGCUGCAGAAGAUGCUAUUGGACAAUUCGUGAAAAGGACUCAGUUGAUAAUUUUUCUCUCAAUCAUGAAGUUCGCCCAGUUGGGGAAAUCAACGCUCUGGUAGAUGAACUGUUAGUAAUUAUUGAGCUUUUGAUUGGGGGAGCACCUCCUUCAUUUGCAGCAGACGAUGUGCGCUGUCUGCUUGGUUUCUUGGUUGAUUGUCCUCAACCCAAUCAGGUUGCAAGGGUGUUGCAUCUUAUCUACAGAUUGGUGGUACAACCUAAUACUUCAAGGGCUCACUUGUUUGCCGAGGCAUUUAUAACAUGUGGGGGCAUUGAAACGCUUCUCGUUUUGCUGCAACGUGAAGCUAAAGCAGGUGACCAGAGCGUUCUGGAAAAUUCAGUUGAGAAUAAUGUGGGUAUUUCUGAUGAGGAAAAUGAACCCAAGAUUGAAGAUGCUGUUUUAGAGGGAAAUCAGGACAAGGAGAUAGGUUCUCCAGAGAUAAAGGAGUUGGUUGCAGAUGAGAAGCACUCUGACACAGCACCAUUCAAUAAUUACAGCAGCCCAAGUGCUGCUUCUACAGGGUCUAAAAUUGGAAGAGCAACCUCUGUCCCUGAAAAUUCUUUUAUGAAGAACUUAGGGGGUAUCACCCUCUCAAUCAGUGCCGACAAUGCAAGGAAUAAUGUCUAUAAUGUUGAUAAAAGUGAUGGGAUUGUUGUUGCGAUUAUUGGACUAGUAGGUGCUCUGGUUGCAAUGGGGCUUCUGAAGUUUGGUUCUUCUGCACCUGUUACUCCGGAUAUUGCGAGCAACUUAUUGGGUGUUGGAUUGAAUGAAGGAAGUGGCACAAUGUUUGAGGACAAAGUUUCUCUUCUAUUAUUUGCUUUGCAAAAGGCUAUCCAAGCUGCACCAAAUAGACUUCUGUCAAACAAUGUUUACACGGCUCUACUAGGAGCAUCGAUUAAUGCAUCCUCAACAGAUGAUGGGCUUAACUUCUAUGAUUCUGGUCAUCGUUUUGAGCACUUGCAACUGCUGUUAGUUCUUUUAAGAUCACUUCCAUAUGCAUCUAGGGCUUUGCAGAGCAGGGCUCUACAGGAUCUUCUGUUUUUGGCUUGCAGUCACCCAGAAAAUAGAAACUGUCUGACAAAGAUGGAGGAAUGGCCUGAAUGGAUCCUGGAAAUUCUAAUUUCAAAUUAUGAGAUGGAUGCAGGCAAAUCUUCAACUUCACCUAGCUUAGGAGAUAUAGAGGACCUGAUACACAAUUUCUUGAUCAUCAUAUUGGAACAUUCAAUGCGUCGAAAAGAUGGAUGGAAGGAUAUAGAAGCUACAAUUCAUUGUGCGGAAUGGUUGUCCAUUGUUGGAGGUUCUAGUACAGGAGAUCAAAGAACUAGACGUGAAGAAUCAUUGCCAAUCUUCAAGAGAAGGCUUCUGGGUGGGUUGCUGGACUUCGCUGCUAGAGAGUUGCAGGUUCAGACUCAAGUAAUUGCUGCAGCAGCUGCGGGUGUUGCAGCAGAAGGAUUAUCACCAAAAGAGGCGAAGUUAGAGGCAGAGAAUGCUGCACAGCUGUCAGUGGCUCUUGUAGAAAAUGCAAUUGUCAUGCUGAUGCUUGUUGAAGAUCACUUAAGGUUACAAAGCAAAUUAUCUCGUGCAUCCCGUAAUACUCAGGGUGCUGUUUCUCCCCUUUCGUUGGUAUCACCCUUAACGAACUACUCCAAUAUAUCAACCUCGAUUGAUGGAGAGUCAUCAGAUGCUAAGGGUGAUCGUGGAUCAUUAUCCAGUGAUUCAGGGGGACUCCCUCUUGAUGUUCUUGCUUCAAUGGCUGAUGUAAAUGGCCAAAUAUCUGCUGCAGUGAUGGAACGUCUUACAGCUGCAGCUGCAGCAGAGCCUUAUGAAUCUGUUUCAUGUGCUUUUGUGUCAUAUGGGAGUUGUGCCCAAGAUUUAGCCGAAGGCUGGAAAUUCAGGAGCAGAUUGUGGUACGGUGUGGGCCUGCCGUCCAAAACAGCGGCCCUUAGUGGUGGAGGAAGUGGCUGGGAGUGUUGGAGAUCUGCUUUAGAAAGAGAUGCAAAUGGAAACUGGAUUGAACUUCCACUAAUACAGAAGUCUGUUGCCAUGCUUCAAGCUUUACUGUUGGAUGAGUCGGGGCUUGGUGGUGGUCUGGGUAUAGGUGGAGGAUCAGGUACUGGUAUGGGAGGAAUGGCGGCACUCUAUCAGUUGCUUGAUAGUGAUCAGCCAUUUUUAUGCAUGCUCAGAAUGGUACUCCUUUCCAUGAGAGAAGAUGAUGAUGGUGAGGAAAGAAAUCUAAUGAGAAAUGCAGGUAUGGGUGAUGCAAUAUCAGAUGUGUUGCAACGUCAAAGAAGCAGCAGAAUGAUCUUUGAUGGCGGUCCCCGGGUAUCAAGCAGGACACCACGCUCAGCUCUAUUGUGGAGUGUGCUUUCGCCUGUCCUCAACAUGCCAAUAUCUGAAUCCAAGAGACAGAGAGUGCUGGUUGCGUCAUGUGUUCUAUAUUCUGAGGUGUGGCAUGCAGUGGGCAGGGAUAGAAAUGCUCUUAGAAAACAGUACCUCGAGGCCAUUGUGCCUCCAUUUGUUGCAGUGUUGAGGAGGUGGCGGCCGCUUUUGGCUGGUAUCCAUGAACUCGCUACUGCUGAUGGUUUAAAUCCUCUUGUUGUCGAUGAUCGUGCUUUGGCUGCAGAUUCACUGCCCAUAGAGGCUGCUCUUGCAAUGAUCUCCCCAGCCUGGGCUGCUGCUUUUGCUUCACCACCUGCUGCAAUGGCACUGGCAAUGAUUGCUGCAGGAGCUGCUGGUGGGGAUACCCCAGCUCCUAUGACGAACUCACAGCUCAGGCGGGACACAUCAUUACUUGAACGCAAAACAGCAAGACUUCAUACUUUUUCGAGUUUCCAAAACCCUAUGGACACAGCUAUGAAAUCACCAUCGGUUCAGGAUAAAGCUGCUGCUAAAGCUGCUGCCUUGGCAGCAGCACGAGAUCUUGAGAGAAAUGCGAAAAUUGGUUCUGGAAGGGGUCUCAGUGCUGUGGCAAUGGCCACAUCUGCUCAACGACGAAAUGCAGGUGAUAUGGAGCGUGUCAGGAGAUGGAGCCUUUCAGAAGCAAUGGGAGUUGCUUGGAUGGAAUGUUUGCAGCCAGUUGGCAGUAAAUCCGUUUAUGGAAAAGAUUUUAAUGCACUGAGCUAUAAGUUUGUUGCUGUUCUUGUUGCAAGUUUUGCUUUAGCAAGGAAUAUGCAACGAUCAGAGGUUGACCGGCGUGCACAGGUUGACACAAUAGCUCGGCAUCAUCUAUCUGCUGGAACUCGUGGAUGGCGUAAACUCAUCCACUACUUGAUAGAAAUGAAAUGCCUUUUUGCACCGUUCAGCGACCAGUUGUACAAUCCUUCACGGGUCUUCUGGAAGCUAGAUUUCAUGGAAAGUUCUUCGAGAAUGAGACCAUGUUUGAGAAGAGACUACAGGGGUUCUGACCAUUUUGGUGCUGCUGCGAACCAUGAGGAUGAUGUUAACAGAAAUCCAGAGCAGAAGAGGGUAAUAGAUCCCUCUGAAGCUCCUGCUCUUUCAGCGGAUGCUAUAGCUGUGGAGGCUGUUAAUGAGGACGAUGAACACGAAGUGGAUAAGUUGGAAGGUAGAGCCAGUAAUGGAGAUCAGCGAAGUAAUAUUCAGUCUGAAACCACAGAGCAGACCCUUCAUGUAUCAGCAGAAUCCACUGAUAUUCAACUCGCAAGUGACCCAGAGUUGGUGCAAAGUUCUUCUGCAGUUGCUCCUGGUUAUGUACCUAGUCAGGUUGAUGAGAGAAUUCUGCUCGAGCUUCCUUCGUCAAUGGUUCGUCCACUAAGGGUUGUCCAAGGAACAUUUCAAAUUACGACCCGGAGGAUAAACUUCAUUGUUGACAACAACUCUGCUAGUGGUUUGGAUGGUAGUGAUGAAUUGAGACAUCACGAAAAAGAUUACAGCUUGUCAUUGUCCUCACUUCAUCAGAUAUAUAGUCGAAGAUAUUUGUUGAGAAGAAGUGCUUUGGAAUUAUUCUUGGUUGACCGGGCAAAUUUCUUCUUUGAUUUUGGGGGUUCUGAGGGCCGGAGAAAUGCAUAUCGAGCAAUUGUACAAGCACGGCCUCCUCAUUUGAACAAUAUUUAUCUAGCGACUCAGAGACCUGAUCAACUCUUGAAGAGAACUCAGUUGAUGGAGCGUUGGGCUAGGCGAGAGAUUAGCAACUUUGAAUAUUUAAUGCAACUAAACACUCUAGCAGGUCGCAGCUACAAUGACAUUACUCAGUAUCCAGUUUUUCCUUGGAUCCUAUCUGAUUAUAGUUCGAAGUCCUUAGAUCUUUCUGAUCCUUCUUCUUAUCGAGAUCUAUCAAAGCCUGUCGGUGCAUUGAACCCUGACCGACUGAAAAAGUUCCAAGAGAGAUAUUCUACCUUUGAAGAUCCAGUUAUUCCCAAAUUCCAUUACGGUUCACAUUAUUCCAGUGCUGGAACAGUUCUAUAUUAUCUUGUAAGGGUUGAGCCUUUCACAACAUUGUCAAUCCAACUGCAAGGUGGUAAAUUUGACCAUGCAGAUAGAAUGUUUUCAGACAUUGCUGCCACUUGGAGUGGAGUUCUCGAGGACAUGAGCGAUGUGAAAGAACUGGUUCCGGAGCUCUUUUACCUCCCUGAAAUUUUGACCAAUAACAAUUCCAUCGAUUUUGGGACAACUCAGUUAGGGGACAAGCUUGAUACUGUCAAGCUUCCAUCUUGGGCUGAAAAUCCUGUUGACUUCAUUCAUAAGCAUCGAAUGGCCCUUGAGAGUGAGCAUGUAUCGGAACACUUGCAUGAAUGGAUUGAUCUCAUAUUUGGGUACAAGCAACGUGGCAAGGAAGCUAUAGCGGCAAACAAUGUCUUCUUUUAUAUUACAUAUGAAGGGACAGUCGAUAUAGAUAAAAUUUCUGAUCCAGGGCAGCAACGUGCCACGCAAGACCAGAUUGCUUACUUUGGACAGACUCCAUCCCAGCUUCUUACAGUUCCACAUAUGAAAAGGAUGCCUUUGGCUGAUGUUCUUCAUUUACAGACAAUCUUCCGGAAUCCUAAAGAAGUUAAGCCAUAUGCUGUCCCUUCUCCCGAAAAAUGCAAUCUACCAGCAGCAGUCAUUCAUGCCUCUUCAGACUCAAUAGUUGUAGUCGAUGUGAAUUCUCCGGCAGCACAUGUUGCACAGCACAAGUGGCAGCCCAACACACCUGAUGGUCAGGGGACGCCAUUCCUUUUUCAGCAUGGGAAAGCCAUGGCAGGCUCCGGUGGUGGAGCGCUCAUGCGUAUGUUCAAAGGCCCUGCUGGCUCAGGCUCAGAAGAGUGGCACUUUCCCCAGGCUUUAGCUUUUCCCGCAACUGGGAUUAGAGGCUCGGGUGUUUCUGCUAUAACAUGUGAUAAAGAAAUCAUCACCGGGGGACAUGCGGAUAACAGCAUCAAGGUAAUAUCUCUGGAUGGAGCAAAAACACUAGAAACUGCCUCAGGCCACUGUGCUCCAGUCACUUGCCUUGCCCUUUCCCCAGAUAGCAACUACCUUGUAACUGGAUCCCGAGACACAACAAUCUUACUGUGGAGGAUACACCGUGCUUCUUCAUCCUUGAGCAGCAUCUCAGAUGUUCCAACUGGUGGGCCUACACCAUCCUCAUCCACUUCCAGUGGCAGUUCCUCAGUGAACAUCCUGGCAGACAAAAGCCGAAGACGUUGCAUAGAAGGCCCAAUUCAUGUCCUCCGUGGACAUAGGAAGGAGAUAACCUGCUGCUAUGUCAGCUCAGACCUGGGAAUUGUGGUCUCCUGUUCCCAUUCAUCUGAUGUUUUGUUGCACUCCAUGAGGAGGGGCAGGCUUAUCAGGAGGCUCGAAGGAGUGGAGGCUCAUUCUGUGUGCAUCUCACCCGGAGGAGUUGUGAUGGCAUGGAACAAGUCGCAGCACAGGAUCAGCACUUUUACUCUGAAUGGGGUUCCAAUUGCUAGUGCCCAGAUGCCUUCCUCGUGCUGCAUCAGCUGCAUGGAGUUCUCCGUAGAUGGGGAGAAUGCUUUGAUUGCAGUUAACAAGAGUGUCGAUAGCAUGGUAUCAUCUGAGGGGUACAGGGAUUUCAGCUUCAAGAAGUUUAGCAUGGAAGAGGAUGAUCAGAAAAAGGAUGAAGCUGAUCAAGUAUUGAAUGUAUCUCCACCUUCUAUUUGUUUCCUCAAUGUGCAUACACUGAAGGUUUAUCACAAAUUGAAGCUUGCAGGAGGACAAGAUAUCACCGCUCUGGCUCGAAGCAAGGAAAGCACAAAUCUUCUGGUCUCAACUGCAGAUAAGCAGUUGAUAAUCUUUACUGAUCCAUCGUUGAGCUUGAAAGUUGUGGAUCAGAUGCUCAAGCUCGGCUGGGAGGGUGAUGGGUUAAGCCCUCUUAUAAAGAGAUAGUAGAACUGCCUCCCACUUUUUCUUUGGGAUCAAGAUAAAAGGAGAUAUCUUUUUGCUGGUCCAAUUGAGUUGAAGGCUGUUGCGGCCGAUUUUUUCUCUCAGUUCAAGGGUUGAGUCGAUCCCCAGACUUAAGUUGAGGCUGUGCUAUUUAUUGGAGUUGAUCAAGUGGAGAAAUGCCCAAAGUGGAUAUGAAAACCAGGCAGGCCGUAACACCUAUGGGUGUCAGAAAGGUUUCGGAGUGGGACUCAGGCUCUUGAUCGAGCUUGGAGAUGUUACAACUAUUGUUGGUGGAUCUCUUUGUAUUGAAUAGGUUUUAGGACAUUAGAGUACAGCUGAGGGCUACAACAAUCACAUCCGCGUAUUAUUUUUGUAAAUGAUGAGUGUUGUUAUACAAUGUCUCCGAGGUCUUGUAAAUUAAAAGCAUUAUGCUCGUAAAUCGGUUUAUGUAUGAUCAAAUUUUGGAAAUGGCAGACCUUUCUGGUAUUUUGUUCUUUA